GAGGGGUUUUAUGCUACAGUCAAAGCAUGUAACCUUAAGACAGUUUGAAAAACAGCCCUGAGCUUUUGGGGAAACCUGCACUGCUUUCAAAAUCCCAGGCCUACUUUGCACAAGGCUGCAGGCGUGACGUAUAAACCCACAAUGAAUUUAGGUUUGCAUUGGCCCUGAAUUUUCCAAAGUGCAGGUUUCUUUUUAGAAGUCUUCCGCCUUCUGCAGUUCUAGGCUCCUUGCGCUGUUGUUUUUAAUAAGGCGAGGCACAGAGGACCAGGGCUUACUUUAAACUUUGAUAUCGGCAAUAAACUCAGAAAAGCAGUACAAUAAGAUCCUAAGUUCAAAAUGAAGAUCAUGGCGUGGUUUGGUUUGGUGCUGAGUGCACUCUCUGCUGCAGGGGACGUGAUCCUCGCAAAACUUGGGCAGGUCACCACGCUGGAGUGUAACGCCAACACAUACAACACACUGGAAUGGCUUCAUGAAAAUGACCGGAUUGUUAGUGUGGAUGGGAGGACUGGCCGUCAACGCAAAGUUGUAAGUGACAUUGCAGGAAGGUCGACAGUGAGAGGAACAAGUCUGGUGGUCACUUCACUGAAGGAAGAAGAUGCCGGGAGGUUCAGAUGUAUAGUUGACAGGAAGUCCCGAGAAUAUCUGCUUCUUCUUACCUCAGUCUCGUCCACCCCCUCUGGUGAUCUCAAGCUGGGCAGCGAGGCUACCCUCUGCUGUCAGGUAAAAGGUCUGGGCCCUGGUUCCACGGUGCAGUGGAAAGGACCAGAUAAAAGUACAACGGCGUUAGAGACGGUUCAGCUCAAACCUGUAACCAACUCGCAUUCGGGGACCUGGGAAUGUUUGUUCACACACAACUCAGUGACCUACACAGAGAAGCUUGAAGUCAGAGUUAAAGCUCCUGAAACAGCUGCAACAUCACCUCCUGAAAAAGGAGAAAAGGAAGUCGGCAAACCAGGCUGCACCAAUUGUACUAUUGACCCUCCACCUAAGAACCCCGUGCUGCUGGAGCUGAGCUGGUGGGUGUGGGUUGCAAUUGGAGUUGGCAGCCUGGUUGUGAUUGUCCUGAUUAUCAUUAUCAUUGUUACGUGCAAAAAGAUCAGGAGAAGGAAGAGAAAAUAUCAGAGGAACCAGAAUGGCCACCAUCCACUGAAUCCCCGACAGUACUGCCAGUGUAACCGCCCGACAGCUGCAGCAAAACCGCAGCAAGGACGCCGGAGAGAGAAGCCAGUGGCCCUCCCUCGGCAACCCCUGCUAAUGGAGUGACAUGAAAGGCAGAUCGAAGAAAGGAGAGAUAGACAAAAAGGAGGAGAAAGAGUGUGAGAAGCAGAGGAAGAGGGGAAUAGAUGGAGAUAGAGAGUGAGUGAAAGAGAACCUCUGUGAAUAUGGCAGGAAUUUAAAUGGGCUUUUGAAUGUUCUUGAUGAAAAUAAAAAUCAGAUGUAAUGAUGUGGGCACUUUGAGCUUUUUCGCCAAAUAUAACCAGUGAGCUGAAUGCAAAUAAGCCUUUUAACUGCAGGAGAGAUCAGCAACAGUCUGUACUUAUUUUUACUUUUAUGCUUCAUAUUAAAAUGUUCUAUCCUGAAUACACAUUUUUCAGCAUCCAUUGUGCAAGUUUCGAUAAUUUUUCUAUGAUUUUUUGGGGUGUUUCAGUAUUUUGUGUUUGUGUGUGCUUCAUCUU